UAGUGGUAGGAGGUUAACAUUUGUUUAUGUUAUGGGUAUGGUGAUAUAGUAUAAACAAUGUGUGAUAAGUGAACCGAAAAAAUAUGUAAAUCAUGUAUGUCUAUAUUGUCACAUUAUGAAGUGUAUCAUCCCGGGCUUGAAUGUGAAAGUACUGGCAAGAGCAAUACAAUCAUUAGCAAAGAUUGGGGAUGAACUUUAUGUAGAACCACAAAAAGAUGGCAUUGCUUUUAGGAGUGUGAAUUCUGCCCGAUCAGCAUAUGCUACAUUUACAUUUUCAAAGGCUUUCUGUUCCUAUUACAAAAGGGAAACCAGCACUGAUAAUGAGGAAAUAGUAAAAUGUAAAAUAUCAAUGAAGUCUUGUGCUCCAAUUAUUCGUUCACCAGCAAAUUUAGAUAAACAAGUGGAAACAUGUUUGAUUCAUCUUGAGCGUGAUGGCACAAAAUUAAUUUUUGAACUACGCUGCCGUCACAAUGUAGUGAAAACACACUAUAUGCCAAUACUUGAAUGUGAAACAUUGCAAGCUGUUUAUCCAGUGGAUGAUGUACCUAAUAAGUUAUUGCUGGAAGCCAAAAUACUUGCUGAUGCUGUGCAUAACUUCCAGUUGACACAGGAGGAAAUAUCACUGUCAGUUACUUCAGGGAAGGCACUGUUGAAAAGCUAUAAUGAUGAAGUGAUAGAUCGUAGCAAGGUUAUCAACACGGAGCUAUGUCUGGAGCCCAGAGACUUUGAGUAUUUUAAAGUAGGUACUGAAACAACAAUUACCUUUUGCCUGAAGGAGUUCAAAUCACUAGUUGUAUUUGCUGAAAGUGUUUCUGUCCCUGUGGCCAUCAACUUUAAGGAAUCUGGACAGCCAGUUGUGUUUAUGAUAAGCAAUAAACCAACAUUUGAGGCUCAUUUUGUUCUUGCAACUUUAUCAACUGACAGUGACUCACAAAGCCAGACAUCACAAAAAUCGAAAAGUUCUGUGAAAGAACACAAGAAACAAGACAAUGCUGCUGCAAAAGCUAAAACAACACAACCCAGUAGCAAUCAAAACAGCACUCAAGAAGUGCUGCUCAAGCAGAGUGCCGUGGUGGAUCCUGUUGUGGCACCAAUUGAAAAUGGACAAUCAGCACGUGAUGAAGCACUGGGAGCUGAAGAAAUUUUUGAAAUGUUCUGUGAUGACACAGAGCCAGCAGAGGGCUGCUCACAGGUGUACACUGCAAAUAACCAAAGAUCGAAAGAUGUUCCAUCUUCCAGCAAAACAGCUAUGAAAAGGGACAUAGCUAACAGAGAUUGUGAAAUGGAUGUCGACGAAAACAUGGAUGUUCUUGACAAUCGUGAAAGUUGUGAUACCUUCUACAGUAGAAAUAGCUGUACUUAUCAGACUAGUAGACUACCGACAAGAUUGUCUGAUUGUGAAGAUGAUAUGGUGCCCAGUUCCCCACCUAGUAAAAAAGCACGUUAUGUUUUCAAAAAGUGCUUUGAAGCUACAUUUGACCCACAAAAUAUUCCAGGGCAUGAUAUUGUUCUUGCAGAUGAUUCUGCUGGUGAAAGUGACUGAUUUCGUGUCAGUAAGACUGCAAAGGUGCCUGAGACGUGAUAAUUUAUCUCAGGUUGACAGUCAAACAUGCUGUAUUUUUGUAUUAUAAUUGUGAAUAUAAUUUGUUUCUUUUACAAAUUGUUGAAAUUGUGAACACUCUUUGUACUAUUUUUCAGUUAUUUAGUUCAAAGUCAAUUUUUAAAUGAAAUGUCUGUAAUAGUGACUUUCAAAUUAGUUUAGUUUGACACAGUGAACAUUCUUUGAAAAUGUAGUCUUCCUUGGCAAAUUUGAUUGAUGAAAUCUUCUUGGCCUAUCAGUCGAGUUGUAGCAUCAUUUCACCUCAAGAUGACAAAUUUGAAACUUGUCAAAAUGUUGUGGCAACAUGACAUCACAACUCGGCAGAUAAACCUGGAAGAUUUCAUCGAAAAACAUUAAUUUUGUUAAAGGUAAGGUUGAUAUAUACCAUUAGUGCAAAAUUAUUUUGUUGUUGUUGGUUUCUCUCAUCUUUAAGUUUUCAUGUGCCCCAUCAUGAAAUGCUAUUGCAUAAUUUGGAUACUGAGUAUUUGUGAGUGAAGUGUUUCUGAAAUAAGAUACUUUUUACUUCAAUAUGAACCUUCUUUAACUAUAUUUACUGUGUUGUUUUUCAUAACCUCUUAACCAUUUAAAAUAUGUUUCCCUAAACCUUAUAAAGGUCCAUUAAGGGGACUUGUAGGUGAAUAACUGCCAAAUUCUCUGUAGUUUACUGAACGAGAAAAAGUUUACUUCCAUGAAAAUGGACCACAGAAAGUACCAAAAUUAGAGGAAUGUAAAAGUGCCUGCACGCACCACAAUGUCCCCAUGGCACACAGUCAGCUCUGUUAAAAAUAAAGUUUUACUCUCAUUUCUUUCAUUUUUAUGACUUUUUAGUCUGUAAGUAGGAUAACCUGCAAAGAUUUUACAGUUGCUUAUCUUUUGUUUAUGUAGAGAGUUUAGUCAUUGUUUGCUGUUGUUUUGGCGCAAAUAUUUUGUUUACAGCAAAGCAAUUGUAUGCGUGAGUUUCUUACUGUGUGCAUGAGUUUCUUAAUUCACUUGAAAGUAAUGGGAAAAAUUAAGAAGUUCAGUGUAAAACAACAUAAAUUUUAUGGAAAUUGGUUCAUCAAAUGGAUUAACUCUGCUAAUACUGAAAUACAAUGUAACACAACACUUGAAUCCCCUUCAAUUACUCCACAUGCUUCGAAGCUAAAACUAAAGUAUGUGGACAAUGGGCUUGAUAGUAUUAAUGUUGAGACACCACCUAUUUAUUCAGUUAGAGGUGCAAAAUUAUGUACAAGAUUGAGGAAUUUGAAGGGAAAGAAAUUAGCUGAUGGUACGUGCGUUAACGGAAAUGUUUGGCUUACAGACGAAGAAAUAGACAGGUUGCAGUAACCCUGUUUCAUAAAUCCUCCACAAAUGACAACACCUGUCUUGCACUCUGCCCACCUGGCAGUGAUUCAUGGUGUGGGUGCCAGAGGGCUGUAACUCAAGGUGAGACCUACAACCAUUAACAUUCUUUGGCAUUUGCUAUAAUAGAAGUUAUAAAACCUGUAUGUAGGGAUCUUAGUGACACAACAUUAUUAGAGAAAUGUUUGCAUGGUAGGACUCAAAAUCCAAAUGAAAGUUUCAACAAUUGUAUAUGGGAACAGAUACCAAAAACUGUUCUAGUAGGACUAAAUACUUUGAAAAUAGGUGUGCUAGGUGCUGUUCUAUGUUCUUAGUGACGGUGUAGUGUGAAGGCUUAAUGUUAUGGAAUUGAUGGGAGUGCCUCAUGGACUGAGUAUACAUAGAGCUCUAAUAACCAAUGACCAAAGGAGACUCUUUGAAGCAGAAAAAUCACUGUUGGAAGUCACCAAAGACGCAAGAAUAAGAAGUGUGGAAAAGAGAAGGGAGGAAGAACAACACAGGAAACAAGAUGAAUAUUGACCUGGGAUGCAUUAGUGCCAUGCAGGGUUAAUAGAAAAAGCGAGUCCUAACUUGAACUUGAAUUUCCCAAAAGUUAAAUUAUUUCAUGUUCUGGAACACUUUUGCUAAAAGCUAUUGAAUGUAGAGAGCUGAAAUUUUGUAUACUGUCUUAAAAACAUGCUCAACUAAAAAGUAGACUACUCU